CAGGCAGUGGGGCGGAGCCCCAGGUUGGGGAAGAGCGGGUUUUUCCCGUCUCCCAUGAGGUGAUUCACGGAGAGAUUCCAGACUUUGCAGCCCUCUUGCUCUGCUUCUGAGUAGAUACCUCGAGUGGGGCCACUGGACCCAAGGGGGUGCCUUGAGGGUGGUCUGCCGCAUGUGAUGAAAGUGUCUGCUCUCAGGGAAGGCACAGCCAUGGCUUCCCCACCGCCCCGGGAGAUGGAGGAGGAACUGGUAUCUGCUGGCUCUGAGCCAGGUGAUGCUCGGGCCAAACCUCCUGUCAAACCCAAACCCCGGGCCCUGCCUGCCAAGCCAGCUCUGCCUGCCAAGCCCAGCCUGCUGGUGCCUGUUGGGCCUCGGCCCCCCCGGGGUCCUCUGGCGGAGCUGCCUUCUGCCCGGAAGAUGAACAUGCUGGCGGGACCCCAGCCCUAUGGUGGCAGCAAGCGUCCCCUUCCCUUUGCACCAAGGCCUAGGACUGAGGCCUCUGCUGGAGGAGAAGCCACCCGGGAGACUGGGAAAGAGGAGCCUGGGAAGGAAGAGACGCCCCCCUUGACGCCUCCAGCCCGAUGCGCUGCCCCGGCGGGUGUGCGGAAGGCACCUGCCCCCUUCCGUCCAGCCUCGGAGCGCUUUGCAGCCACCACGGUGGAAGAGAUUCUGGCCAAGAUGGAACAGCCGAGGAAGGAGGUCCUGGCCAGCCCUGACCGCCUCUGGGGCUCCCGCCUUACUUUUAACCAUGAUGGCAGCUCAAGAUAUGGCCCCAGGACCUAUGGUGUGGCCACAGGUCCCAGGGAUGAGGAUGGUGGGACCCUCUCCAGGGGAUGGUCCCAGGAGGGGCCAGCCAAGUCUUCUACCGAGUGCCCGGAGGAGCCCAGCAAGACCCCGGAGGAGCCCAGCAAGACCCCCGAGGAGAGGAACUCCUCUUCUGACCUGGCCUUCAACGGGGACCUGGCUCAGCCAGCCAGCUCUGAGCCACCUCCUGACGUUUCCAAGCCCUGGGUCCCCUCAAGCCCAGGCCACGCCUUGGAGAAUGGAGGCCCCACCAGCUCAGGCCUCCCCGCAGAAGCCUCAGGCCCGGCCCCGGGGUCUCCCCGUCUUUGCUUACCUGAUGAGAGCUCCCCCCAUCACUCGCAGCUUCCAGAAGCCCAGAGUCCUGCAAAUUCCGGGGCUUCUCCCUGCCUCCCCGAGACUCCGACCCAGGCAUCCCCAGCCGUGACCCCACCUGACGAGGGCUCCUGCCACCCCCCUAGUCCAGGGCUCCCUGCUGUGGGAGCCACAGAGGCUUCCAGACCUGGCAGCAUCCCCCUCCAGGAGGUCUCAGGGCACCACAGCCCAGAGCAGCCCCCAGCCGCUUUGCCCCAGCCCCUGACGGAGGGGAGUGAGUUUCUGGACCUCGCUCGGACGUUUCCAUCUGGCGAUGUGGCAGCCAGGGGGGAUGAGGACCUCCGUCCCACCAGCCUGGCUCAGCGCAGGUUUUCUGAAGGUGUGCUCCGGCCACCCGGCCAAGACCAGGAGAAGCUGGGGGGCUCGCUGGCUGCCCUGCCCCAAACCCAGGGGAGCCAGUCGGUGCUGGAUCGUCCCUUUGGGAGUGGGACAGAGUCCAACUGGAGCUUGUCACAGUCUUUUGAAUGGACCUUCCCCACGCGGCCCUCGGGUCUAGGGGUGUGGCGGCUGGACUCCCCGCCCCCCUCCCCCAUCACUGAAGCCACUGAGGCCGCGGAGGCUGAGGAGGCUGGUGACUGGGCUGUGUCCAGCAGGGAGGAAGGGGCGUCCCAGCAGGGGCAAGAGGCCCCAUCUGCUCCGGAGGGGCCGGGAAGGCCUGGUUCCUGUGUGCAGGCGGAUGAUCCAGGCAUCUCCCCAACCCAAAAGGGCGAUGGGGAGAGUCGUCCUGAGUCCCCAGAUGUUCCCCUGGAGCCCCUGCCAACAACAGGGGACCCGCCUGUACCAGCCCUGCUGCAGGCAGAGGAGAGGUACGAGGAGCGAGAGCCCCUGGUUGGACAGGAAUCCCCACUCUCUCCAGCCACCAGGGAGGCUGCCCUCCCCAUCCUGGAACCUGUCCUGGGGCAGCAGCAGCCAGCGCCCCCUGACCAGCCCUGUGUCCUCUUUGCUGACACCCCUGACCCUGGGCAGGCACUGCUUGCCAAGGAGGAGGCCGUGACCCUGGCCCAGGCUGAGACCACCCAACCCAGGACAGAGGUUCUAGACCCCUGUAGGGCAUCCCCUGAGCCUGCAGACCCUGAGAGCAGUUCCCGUUGGCUGGAUGACCUCCUGGCUUCACCACCACCCAGUGCUGGAGGUGCAAGGCGGGGACCUGCGUCUGAGCUGAAGGAUGCACAGACUCCAAGUGCCUGUUCCGAGGGACUCCUUGGCUGGGCCCAAAAAGACCUGCAGAGUGAAUUUGGGAUCACAGCCGACUCACAUUCCAGCAGUUUUAGUCCUUCCGGCUGGUCCCAAGACACCUGUCAGGACUAUGGCCUUGGGGGUGUGAGCCCUAGAGGGGACCGGGGCCUUGGAGAAAGGGACUGGACCAGCAAGUGUGGGCAAGGAGCUGGGGAGGGGAGCUCCAGGGAGUGGGCCAGCCGGUGUGGCAUCGGCCAGGAGGAGGUGGAGGUCGGCAGCCAAGAUGGGAGUGAAGUGUCUGCCCCAGGGGUGCUCACUGCCCAGGACUGGCUGAUUGGAAAGCCAGCCCAGCUCGGCACUCCACAGAGCCCGGAGGUGGAUGUUCAGGACUGGGAGUUCAGAAAGAGGGAUUCCCAGGGCACCUACUCCAGCCGGGAUGCCGAACUCCAGGACCAGGAAUUUGGGAAGAGAGAUUCUCUGGGUACUUACAGCAGUCGGGAUGCAAGCCUUCAGGACUGGGAAUUUGGGAAGAGGGAUUCUCUGGGUGCUUAUGCCAGCCGGGAUACCAAUGAGCAGAGCCAGGACUUGGGGAAGAAGGACCAGCUGGGGAGGUACAGCAGCCAGGAUGCAGGCGAGCAGGACCAGGAGUUUGGGAAGAGUGAUUCUUCACUGAGCACCUACAGCAGCCGGGGCACAGAGCAGCCGGACCAGGAUUUCGGGAAAAGUGCCUGGAUGAGGGACUACAGCAGCACUGGCAGCUCCAUGGCCCUCGGCUCCCAGGACAGAGGGUUUGGGAUAAGAGCCCUGAGCGCCGGGUUCAGCCCCGAGGAAGCCCAACAGCAGGACCAAGAGUUUGAGAAGAAGGUCCCGAGUGGUGGAGACAGCCUGGGUGAAGCCAGCAGAGAUGCAAGCUGGCCUGAAAAGACUGAGUCUGGGGGCUUAUUCAGUCCCAGCAGCCCCCAGUUGCAGGAUGGGGCACUGGGACAGAGAGACCAGAGCAGCUGGCAAGGUGGUGAUGCCCACCAGGAGGUUGGAGGGCUGCAGGGAAGACAGCAGGCAGGGGGCGGGAGCCCAGGUGAUGCUGACCAGGAGGACCGGGACGUGGGCCAGCGAGGCUGGGCCGGAGACUUCAGCCUCGGUGUUGUCCCCAAGCCAGAGGCAGCCUUCAGCCCAGGGCAGCGGGACUGGAGCAGCGAUUUCUGUGCGGAGGCUGCUGAGAAGAGCCGUCAUUUUGGCAUUAUUGGUGACGACAGAGUGAGCGGUGCUGGCCUGAGCCCUUCUGGCAAGACGGGAGGUGGCCACUUUGUGCCUCCUAAGGAGACCCGGGCCGGGACCAUGGACUGGGCUGACCAGCUGGGCCUGAGGAACUUGGAAGUGUCCAGCUGUGUGGUUUCUGGGGGCUCGAGUGAAGCCAGGGAGGAUGCCGUGGGACAGAGGAGCUGGGCGGACAAGCUGGGCUUGAGAGAUGUGGAGCUGCCUGGCCGUUUGGAGACUGGAGGGUCAGAGGAGCCCAGGGGGAUUGGAGCUGGGGAGAAGGACUGGACUUCUGAGGUUGGGGUGAGGGGCAGAGACUUGGCUGGAGUGGCAGAGGUAGGAGGCCACAGCCAGGCCAGAGAGAGUGGCGUGGGGCAGACCGACUGGUCGGGCCUGGAGGCAGGAGAGUUCCUGAAAUCAAGGGAGCGUGGGGUGGGUCAGGCAGACUGGACACCUGACCCGGGGCUGAGAAACAGGGAGCUCGGGGCGGGCCAGGUGGACUGGGGCGACAAUCUGGGCCUGAGGAAUUUGGAGGUGCCCUGUGACUUAGAGUCUGAGGGUUCUCGGGGGCUGCGGGAAUGUGGAGUGGGGCAGAUGGACUGGACCCAGGACCGAGGGCUCCGGAAUGUGGAGCUCUCGGGGGUCCCGAGUGAAGCCAGGGAGCGUGGGGUGGGAGAGGUCAGCCAGUGCCCAGACCCAGGCCUGAGGAUCAAUGGCAUCUUGUCCCCGGGCCUGGAGGUCAGAGACCCCUCAGAGGCCAGGGAGCUGGGAGUUGGUGAGACAAGUGGGCCAGAGACCCAGAGCAGAGACAACUCCUUGCUUUCCUUGGAGACGUGCCCUGAAGAGUCCGAAAUGGAGACAGAAGAAGCCCCUGACUUCGGAGCCAGCCCCGGCGGGUGCCCGGCCCGCUCCCCGCCCCCCGGCUCCCAGGGCCUGCUGGACCAGAUGCUGGCCGCCAGCAGCUCCAAGACAGCUGCCCGCCUGGAGUCUGCAGCCCCAGGCCCCAGGGGCCUGUUGGAGGAGGAAGGGGCCGCAGCAGGUGCUGACCAAGGGCAGACCCCGGAGCCUGGCAGGGACCCUCCGUCCUCCUGGAGGCCCCAGCCUGACGGUGAAGCCAGCCGGACGGAAGAGGUGGACGGCACCUGGGGCCAGGCCGGGGCCGGGCAGAGCUUGCGGGGCCCGACGCCGCCCCCACGCCCCGCUCCCACCAGCUCCCUCAGUCAGGAUUUCUCCUUCAUUGAGGACACUGAGAUCCUUGACAGUGCCAUGUAUCGGAGCCGUGCCAACCUGGGACGCAAGCGUGGGCACCGGGCCCCGGCCAUUCGCCCUGGGGGGACGCUGGGCCUGUCGGAGGCAGCAGAGUCGGAUGCAAGGCUGUUCCAGGACUCUACGGAACCACGGGCUUCGCGAGUGCCAUCUUCAGACGAGGAGGUGGUGGAGGAGCCUCAGAACCGCCGGACACGAAUGACCAAGGGGCUGAAAGUCAACCUCUUUCCUGGCCUGAGCCCUUCAGCCCUGAAGGCCAAGCUGCGCUCCCGGAACCGCUCAGCUGAUGAGGGGGAACCGACAGAGAGCAAGUCGAGCCAGAAGGAGUCCGCGAUCCAUCGCUCCAAGUCCUGCAAGGUCCCAGGGCUGGGAAAGCCCCUGGCGGUACCUCCCAAGCCAGAGAAAUCCUCAGGGUCAGAAGGAUCCUCGCCCAACUGGCUGCAAGCCCUGAAGCUAAAGAAGAAGAAGGUCUGAGGAGUUGCAGAGGUCCUUCCCGUCUGGCAGUCUCAGGCAGUGCCCGUCCCUGUGGGGUCCCCGGCCAGGAGGCGGCUGAGCCCCACCAUGCCCCAGACUGCAGCCUCUGCUCCUCCACCUCUGAGGGGCGUCUGGGGAGGCACAGUUAUGCACUUUGUAUCACCUUCCCGACUCUCCCCACACCUCCCCGACUCUCCCCACACCUCCCCUCCCAACCAGUCUUUAGUGGUCGAAGGUUUGGUCCCUCCCUCACUCUCUUCCCGCCUCCCUCUCUGCUUCCUCCUCCAGCCUCCCUUGGGUUUUCUUUUGAUACCAGUUUAUAGCAUUUUUUAUAAAAGCCUUUGAUUUUUUUGUAAUGGGUGGAGCCCAGCCCCACCCCAGGUCUCCCUCCGCCCUGCCAGGUGCCCCACAGAGGCCAAUGACAUUUUGCCACUUGAAACAAUAAAAUUUUUUGGGAAUUGG